AUGGGCGCCACCCCAUUUCAUCGGUCCAUCCUUGAGGUCCGGUUGCCGAAGCACUUCGACAAACCGACGGACAUGAGGUACGAUGGAACCCAAGACCCUCUGAAACACCUCACGGCUUUCGAGGCUAGAAUGAAUCUGGAGGGAGUAGGGGAUGAGGUGAGGUGCGGGGCCUUCCCGGUCACCCUAGCCGGACCCGCGAUCCGAUGGUUUAACGGCCUCCCGCAGGGAUCCAUCUACGGAUUUUCGGACAUCAGCCGUGCCUUCCUGGCUCAGUUCACAACACGGAUAGCAAAGGCAAAACACCCGAUCAACCUGCUCGGGAUAACCCAGAGACCCGGGGAGCCGACCAGAAAGUACCUGGAUCGUUUUAACGAUGAAUGCGUGGAAAUCGACGGCCUAACCGACUCGGUGGCCAGCCUUUGCCUGACGAACGGCCUCCUGAACGAGGACUUUCGAAAACACCUUACCACGAAACCGGUUUGA